GGUGAUCCAACCUAGAAGUAAGGGACUAGAGCUAGCUUACAUGGUGUGCCCCUAUGGAUACUUAGGGACGGUACGGUACGUAUUGCCAAAACACGCAUGCAUCGCCGUAGACAAUUAUUGACUUCUGCGUCAUGUCACUGGCUGGUUUCAUCGCUAUUCCCGUCGUCCCAUUCAUAUUCUUUCUUCCCAAAAGAAAUAUCACCUACCUCUAAAGCCUUCCUCUCACCAGACCACCACAGCCCCCCUCUCGCUGAGCUGGCCUUGCAUUUUUUUAGAGGAGGUGGGGGGGUGGAGGAGACCUAUGUUUCGCCUCCCCGCCUUUUUUUGCCCAGGGGCUCAGUCUUGGAUUUUGCGGCGGGAUGCACACCAGCCAAUCUGCGCUGUCCACGAGCCCAAAACCACAGAGACGGAGUCCUGCCCACAUCGUUGAAACCCCAGCCAGCGCCCGCAGCGUCGCCUUGGGUCCUGCCAGCUCAACAACCUCCCACCGCCAAUCAUGCGCCGCCACCCAUUUCUGCCUCUCCCGCUUGCCUUCUCCCGCUGCCACUCCCGCCCGCUCCCUCUUCCCCCUGACUAUAUGCCUUUUUUUCCUUCUGAUCUUUAACGGAGGCAAAGUCAGGCAUACCGUUCCCUGUCGUUCUAAUCCAGACCCCGUAGCCGCAGAACGCCAUCUAGGGCCUCCUCCACAUAGGCAUGGGAAAGGGGGUGCGGCUGCCAGCAAAGCCAGCUAAAACCCGAGCCACAUCAAGCAGCAGGCACCGCCAUGAUGACAACAUCGAGCGGACCAACCAGAGGGAGAGACACCAGUGCAGUGUAAGUGCGAUGAGAUAC